UCCUCUCAGCUCAGGAUGAGGAGGCUGAGCAUUGUUGCGGGACCGAGACUCGCCGCGGGGCUUUACUGGGGACCAUUUUUGACUUGUUUUAAUGCACACAAGGACUAAGUGUGAGCUGCUGCACCUGCCACGAAAAGCCGCGAGCUGCUGCCAGUCUUCACGUCUUAUCCUUACUGUAGCUUUUGUUGUUUAAACAGACUCUGGCGACAUGUCGCUUACUGUAGCGGCUCUCAGCAGAGGACCGAUGACAGAGUUUGAGGAGAAGCUCCGUCGGCAGCAUGAAGCCUCCAUGCAUCAGGAGCUGGAGGCGCUGCUGGCCACAGCCAGCAAAGCUGAAGCAGAGGUCUCCAGAAAAGACUUUGAUGGCUUCAAGAAUCUCUUCCAUAGAUUCCUGCAGGUCAAAGGUCCCUCAGUGGACUGGGCCAAGAUCAACCGGCCGCCCGAGGAGUCGAUCCAGCCGUACGAGAAGAUCAAGGGGAAGGGCCUCCCUGAAAACAUCACCGCCUGCCUCAACAAGCUUGUUGUGGUCAAACUGAACGGAGGUCUGGGAACCAGCAUGGGCUGCAAGGGCCCCAAGAGUCUGAUCAGCGUCCGCAAUGAGAACACCUUCCUGGACUUGACCGUGCGGCAGAUCGAGCAUCUUAACAAAACCUACGAUGCCGACGUGCCACUUGUUCUCAUGAACUCUUUCAACACCGAUGAGGACACAAGGAAGAUCCUGCAGAAAUACUCCCACCUUCAGGUCAAAAUCCACACAUUCAACCAGAGCAGGUAUCCGAGAAUCAACAAGGAGUCUCUGCUGCCGAUUGCUAAGAGCAUGGGCGUGAACGGUGAGAACACAGAGGCCUGGUACCCGCCAGGUCACGGCGACAUCUACGCUAGCUUCUGUAACUCCGGCGUGCUGGACAAGCUCCUCGCCGAAGGUAGGGAAUACAUCUUUGUGUCCAACAUCGACAACCUGGGCGCCACCGUGGAUCUCUACAUCCUCCACCACCUGAUGAGCCAGCCGGCCGACAAACGCUACGAGUUCAUCAUGGAGGUCACAGACAAGACCAGAGCUGACGUCAAGGGUGGAACUCUGAUCCAGUACGAGGACCAUCUGAGGCUGCUGGAGAUCGCUCAGGUUCCCAAGGCCCACGUGGACGAGUUCAAGUCCGUCACCAAGUUCAAGAUCUUUAACACAAACAACCUGUGGAUCUCCCUGCCCGCCAUCAAGAGGCUGCAGGACAAGAACAGCAUGGAUCUGGAGAUCAUUGUAAACCCAAAGACAUUAGAUGGUGGUCUGAAUGUCAUCCAGCUGGAGACGGCUGUGGGCGCAGCCAUCAAGAGCUUCAAGAACGCCAUGGGCAUAAACGUCCCCCGCAGCCGCUUCCUCCCAGUGAAGACUUCAUCGGACCUCCUGCUGGUGAUGUCCAACCUGUACAGCCUGGAUGCCGGCUCGCUCACCAUGAGCAAGAAAAGAGAGUUUCCCACAACGCCGCAUGUUAAACUGGGCAGCUCCUUCACCAAGGUUCAGGACUUUCUGAGGAGGUUUGAAAAUAUCCCAGAUAUGUUGGAGCUGGAUCACCUGACUGUAUCUGGAGACGUGACCUUUGGAAAGAACGUCUCUCUGAAGGGAACUGUUAUCAUCAUCGCCAACCACGGAGACCGGAUCGACAUUCCAGCUGGAGCAAUGCUGGAGAACAAGAUCGUCUCAGGAAACCUGAGGAUCCUUGAUCACUGAGGCCUUCUGGGGAAAAAAAGGAACCCACACAAAGCCAUGUGUGCUAUGGAGAGUUGCUGCUGUUUGAGAUGAUGGGGGCGCUGUUACUGUAGGAUCACUGUUUCUCAGGCAGGAAAUGAGAAUGUUUUGGUCAGAUUCGUCCUGCUGACGUUCUCUGCAGACACUAGCUCAUCAUCAGGGAACUUGCUGUUACUGCAGAGACGCACUGCAAGGUGUGCUACAUUUCCUCCUUAAUAAAACUGUAUAUGAUGGGUCAUUAGAGGAUGUUGUGGUCUGUUGGUGAAUAAACCGAACACAAUACAAA